CAUUUUAAAAAUGGCCACCUUCUUUCUUUCGAAACGUGGGAAACGUCAACAUUGGUUGGUUUUCUUCUUCGGCGAAAUUGAUUUUCUUAAAUUUUGCCAUAAAAGUGCAAAAUGCCGCGUGAAAUUAAGGAAGUGAAAGAUUUCUUGAACAAGGCCCGUCGCCCCGAUGCGCGUGCUGUAAAAAUUAAGAAGAACCCUUCUAAUACCAAGUUCAAGAUUCGUUGUUCGCGAUUCUUGUACACUUUAGUGGUGCAAGACAAAGAGAAGGCCGAGAAAAUCAAACAAUCUUUGCCACCAGGACUGCAAGUUAAGGAAGUCAAGUGAAUAUUUUACCUUCUCUAAUCGUGUGAUAAUUCAAAGGAAAUUGGAAGAUUGCAUUCAUAUGUUCUGUGACUACCUUAUGCAAAAACAUAUUUGUAUUCAAGAAAUGAAAUUUAAAUUAUAAAUAUGUUUUACAAAA